AUGCCAACUCGUUCGAAUUAUAAUCAAUCGUCAGCAAAUCAUCCAAUAAUAAACACUAACAAUAAUAACAAUUUAAAUCAAAUAUCAAUUAUGAACACAAAUGUUGACAUAACAUCUUAUGUAGGAAAAGUUUUAAAUAUAAAUCAACAUCAAGUUAUUGUUGAAGAUAUACUCGGUCAAGGUGGUUUUGCAUUUGUCUUUCUUGUUCGAUCAUCAAAUCAACAACGUUAUGCGCUUAAACGAAUGUAUGUUAAUAAUGAACGAGAUUUAACUGUAUGUCAACGGGAAAUAUCUAUAUUAAAAGAAUUUUCAUUGCAUACAAAUAUUGUUAAAUACAUUGAUUCAUCUAUACAACGUUUAUCGCCACCAUCGCAAUCAAAUAUUCAACGGAAACAUUUAACAAAUGAUGAUGACGACGAUGAUGACGAUGACGAUGAGAAUGAACAAGAUGCUAUUUAUGAAAUACUGUUGCUAACAGAAUAUUGUUCAAAUGGAUCAUUAAUUACUCGCCUUAAUGAACAACGUAGUAAUGGCAUACCAUUGAAUGAACGUCAAAUUCUACGUAUAUUUGCUGAUGUUUGCAAUGCUGUAAGCGCAUGUCAUUAUCGUCGUCCUCAACCUAUAUUACAUCGAGAUAUUAAAUUGGAAAAUAUUCUUAUUGACUUUCAUCAAUCAUUUGUGCUAUGUGAUUUUGGUUCUGCUAUCAUGCUACCACCUUCACCAACAAAUAAUCAUCAACAGUAUCAAUCGAAUCAAUUAACAACGACUACCAUACAACAUCUUGAAGAAGAAAUUCAACGUUAUACGACAUUAUGUUAUCGUGCACCGGAAAUGAUCGAUCUAUAUAGUCGUUUACCGAUAACAUUAAAAGCUGACAUAUGGGCAAUGGGAUGUCUUUUAUAUAAACUUAUGUUUAAUACAAUGCCAUUUGGGGAUAGUAUUUUAGCAAUACAAAAUGGAACAUUUGUUAUACCAGAUGAUAUGUCACAAAUUUAUACUCGAGAUUUAUAUAAAUUCGUUCGAUUUAUGUUAGAAAUAGAUACUAACAAACGACCAGAUAUUUGGCAGGUCUCAUAUAUAACGUAUAAAUUACUUGGUACGGAAUGUCCAAUUUCAAAUCGAUUUCUAUCAAAAAUUCCCGAUCUACACACAGUCCCAAUGCCAUUAACAGAGAUUGAAUCUCGUCAUCAACGACUGAUAGCUGCAGCCAGUGCAAAAUCUACAGCAAGCAAUCUUUCUGAUGAUACAUCUACUCUUGGAACAGCAGUUAACCCACGUGAACGUCCUCGGGGUAUGAUAGCACCGCCUGGUUCUUUAAUUAGUUUUAACCAAUCAGCACAAAGAUCAGCCAAUGUUGUUGUUCCACCGCCGCCGCCGCCUCCAGUUCCGGUUCCUCCAUCUGUGACUACUCCUUCGCGACCAUCUCAUCAACGAUCAGGUUCAGCUGCUCAAUUGAUGUUUGACGAUGAUUUCUCACAAUUUCCAAGUCAUGCUCUUAGUUUAAAUAGUAUUCCCAACAUGUCUACGACACCGAAAAGUACAACAACACUUGAGCGAAAUGUUUCCCGUGCAAGACCCUCUCCGCCAGCAUCAAUAUCUUCAGCAACAGGUUGUGCUUUUCAACAGCAAUUAUUUCCUCCUCCACCUGCUACUACAAUUUCGUCAAGUAAUACGCAAUUAACAACACCAUCAACUACUAAUAAUCAUCAUCAUCAACAUCGAAGGAGUGCAUCUCAAACGAUGAGUCCAACAAAUAAUUCGUCAUCUUUUCAGCAUGCUUCCUCUAUUGAAUCUAAUCUAUCAUUUGAUCGUCGAUCUUCCGUUGAUUCAUCAGCGAAACAGGAACAACAGCAGCAGCAGCAGCAACAACAACAAGUACUUUUUAUUGGUGAAGCAUCUGACGAUGACGAUGAUGAUGCAUUAGGAACAAAUUUAAAUAAAUUAAAAGUUCAUAAUCAUUCUACAGAAAAUGUUAAAUCACGAGAAAGUCUAAUUUUAAAUGAAGACGAUCGUUUAUUUGCUAAAACAUAUACCAUCAAUUCACAAUUAAAAUCUGAUGAUGAACAAUCAACAUCAUCAUCAUCGUCACACGAUACCGAAAGUCAUGAUAAAACAACUAAAAAAAAUAAGAAAAAAUCUCAAGUACAAAUAACACCCAUCCGUUCAAGUCAUCAUCCAUCAGCGGAGGAGACUGAAAAAAGUACUUCGUCUCCUAGUACAGCAAAUAAAAAUCUUGUGAAACGUUUAAUUGAACGCUGUUCUCUUCAACAACAACAAGAUGACCCUACCGCCGCUUCCACACCUUAUAAACGUAAGGAUUCGAUUACACUUUCGAAUGAACAUCCUAUUCCAAUGGGCGACCAUUCGGAUAAAGGAAGCGAUUCCGAUGGUAAUAAUCAUAAUGAAAAACAUGAUGCUAAUCAUACUGAUGGUAAUAAUGUUGGAUUCGACCAAUUGAUCAAUGAAGAUUCUGACGAUGAUGAUGCGCCUAUUCAAUCAACAAAUACCAGUAAAACUAAUGUUGCAAAUAGCCGUUUCAUGACAUCACGCCAUAAAGAACAACAAUACGAACAUUUUGAAGAUUCCGAUGAUGAUGAUAAUGAAACAAGUUAUUCAACAGCAAAAUCUUCUAAUCCAACCACAAAAUUAUUUAAUCUCUUUUCAACGAACUCAAAAACAAACCCAUCAAAUGAUACAAAACGUAGUUUAAAUGAGCAUAAUAAUCAAACAAACUCUUCUUUUAUUGAUAAUGAUAAUCCAUUUCUUCAUGCACCUUUUCAUCAUGCCCAUCGUUCACCUACACAUAAACAAGUCGCACAAUCCUCAUCUUCGUCUACAAAGGUUGAUGCAAUCACAACGUCGAAUGUUAUUUCAUUUGAUCCGACUAGUAUUGUUACCGGAACAAGACUUAGUGCAUUUGCUCCUUAUCAUAGACAAGAACCAAAUUCUACGAUCAGUGUUGUUGACUCCACAUCAUCAGCCUAUAGUUUCUGUGUCUCAAAACAAAAAAUUCCACAUUCAGAGUCUUAUCCACCUGGUAUUAAUAAUACCAGUACGAAUUCAAAUAAUCAAUCAUCAAUAUCUAAAGAUGUUUUUACAAAUGCACCAUUUAAACCCAAGCUAACACCUAAACAACAUCGACCAAUGGCAUCAAAUAAAGUCAAUGCUAUAUCGCCGACUUCAUCUCAUUCAACUUCAUCGUCUAAUUCUCAGCUAAUUGAUUUUACUAUUCCAGUACAACGCGUUGCCGAUUCGACAUCCAAAGAACAAUUGCCAAUCUCACCGACACGUCGAGAUGUUGGUUCAGCUGGUUUAGCAACUAAUUUUAGUACAUUUAAAACAAUAAAUUCAACAAAUGAUAAAUGUUACUUUCACUCUGAACAUAUCAAUAAUGAUGGACAUUCAUCGAGUGAAGAAUUAACAUCGUCAUCAUCGUUACGAAAACGAAAUCAAAAAAAGAAAUCUUCAAAUAACGCCGGACAUGAUUCACAACAACAUGCAUACGCGAAUUUAUCUUUUAAUGAUGCUAUAGUCGACGAAUUACUUUGA